AUGUCCCGAGGUUUCAUUUUAUUCACAUUUUGUAAGUUUUUUUUACAGUUUGUGACAUUUCGUUUCUUUUUACAUUAAGUCUGCGUCAUCCUUGUGAAAUAAAAGUUACUAUUUAUUAUCUGUGAUUAAAUUAUUUCUAAGAAAAAAGAUAAGAUGAUUUUUGUAAUUCAAAACUCAGCAAGCUUUGUUUACAUAAUAAUCCGGCUUUUGUAUCGGAAAUAUUUCGAUUAAAAACGCUUGAUAUAAAGUGCUCCAUAUGUUAAUGUAUUCCCAAAACCAAGGACUUUCGCUUCUGUUGCAAAGACUAUAUUUUUAAUGAUAAUAGUUCCAUUUUUUUAAGUUAUGGAAGUAAAAAAUCCCCACAUUAAUUUACAAAAAAACGCAAACAAACGUUGCAAAAACAGCUGUCAAAAAUAACCAUCCCUGACUGAAUCCAUAUAUUUUAGGUCUAGUAUUGUCGUUGACAGUAGCAUCGGCGUCAAUUCGGCCACCAGAAAAACGUCUAAAUUUCAAUUUUAUGCGAACAUGGCAGCCGUUUAAUGGAGCCCCCAUUCCCCCGGAAGAUGGCUUCACGGAGAGGCAGAUAGUCCAGAGAGCCAUCGAUUCUCCCCGUCGACGGAUUCACAACCGGCUUCUCUGCAUGGCAGCAUUGGCAAAUCCGAUUGCUUGCUCCGGUGUCUGA